AUGGACGCCCCCCACCUCCCAGUCCCAGAGCACAUCUUGUCAUUAAUGUCACUGCCUCGGCGACAGGUGUUGACUGAACAUCACAACCGAUCAGUCAGCGUCUCUUCGAAAAUCUCUAUGGACUCCACUGCCUCGGACUUUCUUGCCGCAAAGAUUGAAGAACUUGAGAAUGAGACUUCCUAUAUCGCCAACAUCAAAGCAGGGAUGGAGGAAUCCAACGUCAAAGGCCCAGCGUCAAAGGAACCCUUACAGAUGGAGAGAGACCUCGAUAACCGUGCCCUCAAGUUCCUGUUCGAAAAUCACCCUCGUCAGCGGUAUCUAUACCUGCGGUUCCUGAUAUCGUAUCUAUGGAGCAAGCGUGAAUCAGUUCCCGGGUUGGAGCGAAAGGUGGAUUCAAAACGGUUUUGGCCCUCCGCAGGUUCAUACCUCCAGCGUUCCACUCUGCAGGCACUCGCCCGUUGCAUCUCCGGAUGCGAGAUCCCUAAGGAUCUCACUACUGAACAGACCUUUGCGCUCCAUGAAGAGCAAGUUUUCGUGUCUGGCGAGCGCGGUAUACAAGUUCGACUGGAAGGACAAGCGGGAACAGUUCUAGGGGCUAUCUUUGGGGCUCGGAAUCAGGAUCUCAGGCUCGGAUCCUUUAAGGCUGCUCAGCCGCCGUAUCACGGAUGCCUCAAAGCCCCUGAUUUUGUGCUUAAGACCUCGGUCCAUGAUGCGAAGGUCGUAGGAGAAGCCAAGGUUCCCUGCAUGGCAAAACACUGUCUCGAGAACCUAGUUGAUGAAUUUGAGAAUAGCGACACGGAAAGCUUAAGGCACGCACUAGGUCAAAUUGCGCGAUAUAUGCUUGAGACACGUCUGAAAUAUGGAUUCUUAACCACGUACGAGCAAACAAUCUUCCUACGAAAGGUAGAUGUCGGUCGAGAAUGGGGAUUGGAGUAUUCUCCAGUGAUUUACCAUUACAACAGAGGAAGCACAUCGGGUGGAACAGUGUCAUUUUGUCAGAGCCUUUAUCAUGUUGGAUUGCUAGCCCUCGCAGACUCAGCUUUUAACACAAGCACGGGCAUGCGGAACCAAGUUUGGACGCGUAACGCCUAA